AUGUUUAGACCCACGCAGCACCGUCAGAUAUCGCUUAAGUCGAUUCUCGCUUCCUUCAAACGGAUCCGGAACAUCGAGGAGGUCAAUGAGCCCCUCAAGGAGCUUCCAAGAUCCACCGGUUCGGGCGCAUUUGUGGAGCCGGUGGACUUCGAAGUCCUGGGCAAGACAUCGAGCAUGCUGAACAUCAAACUGCCCAAAUCCUCGAUCCUCAAUCUUCGUUACAGCAACGCAAACCAGUCUGUGGUGGCACUAAACGGUAAAGUCUCGUCUCUGGUAGUGGAACUGGGAAAGCUUGAAGGAGGCCUGAUUUUUCAGCGGUGCUUCAACACUUCCGGCCCAUUGUCGAUCUUGAUGGCCAACAAGCUGCAAAACUCAAACUUUACGGUUGUCAAUGUGUCAAAGGACACAAAUUGGACAGUGAAACGAGACAGUCUGGUGGCCUGGACCGGAAACUACAUUGAUUUGACAGGAGAGAGCAAACUGGUGAAAGUGGCAGGAUCCGGCAAGUUUGUACUGAGCUCACCAGGACAGACACUCAAGUUGACCCUGGAGGAUGCAGAGACCGUGAGCGUCAACCCGUCGAGCGUGGUUGCAUUCACGGGGAACACCCCUACUGGACCUAAAAGCAUAGUCGACUUUGCUGUUCCGGGGAUAUCUUGGCUCACUAGAGUGUCUGAUUCGUGGGCUUCAUUAACAUCGUACGUUUACGAAAAGUUCCAGAUCGAAAAACCGCAGAUCAAGAUCCAUCCUUGGAUAAGCAGUGUUUUCUCGCAGACAGCAGGUUUUGUUAAGAGAGCAGUCAACCGGCUGGUGACGGGCAAUCCUGACUACAUGAUAGAAUUUUCUGGCCCGCGGACCUUGUUGAUCAGCAACGGAAUCCACUUCAAGGACAAAAUCAUGACUGAGGAACAGAUAGAAAAACUGAAAAAAUAG